CCUCCCAUCCCUCUCUCUGCAGCCUCCUCUGGUCCAAGCCAUCUUCAACCGCGAUGUAGAGGAAGUGCGGUCGCUGCUGAAUCAGAAGGAGAAUAUCAACGUACUGGACCAAGAAAGACGAACACCUCUGCAUGCUGCUGCCUACAUAGGAGAUGUUGCAAUCCUCGAGCUCCUCAUACUGUCAGGUGCUAAUGUCAAUGCAAAGGACACUGUUUGGCUCACCCCGCUGCACCGCGCUGCGGCUUCUCGCAACGAGAAAGCACUUCACCUCCUCCUGAAGCACUCGGCAGACGUCAAUGCCCGCGACAAGUAUUGGCAAACGCCUCUGCACGUCGCCGCUGCCAACCGGGCCACCAAGUGUGUGGAGGCCAUCAUCCCCCUGCUCAGCACUGUCAAUGUCGCCGACCGCACGGGCCGCACAGCGCUGCACCACGCCGUGCACAGCGGCCACCUCGAGAUGGUGAACCUGCUGUUAAACAAAGGGGCCAGCCUGAGUACUUGCGACAAGAAGGAUCGCCAGCCCAUCCACUGGGCGGCUUUUCUGGGGCAUUUGGAAGUUCUGAAGCUGCUGGUGGCCCGGGGAGCCGACGUGGCGUGCAAGGACAAGAAGGGCUACACCCUGCUGCACACGGCGGCGGCCAGCGGGCAGAUCGAGGUUGUGCGUCACCUGCUGCGGCUGGGUGUGGAGAUCGACGAACCAAAUUCCUUUGGUAACACUGCACUUCACAUCGCCUGUUACAUGGGCCAAGAUGCCGUGGCCAAUGAACUGGUUAAUUACGGCGCCAACGUCAAUCAGCCUAACGAGAAGGGCUUCACCCCUCUGCACUUUGCUGCUGUCUCCACCAACGGGGCCCUGUGCCUGGAGCUCCUCGUCAACAACGGGGCCGACGUCAACUUUCAGAGUAAGGAAGGGAAGAGCCCCCUGCACAUGGCUGCCAUCCACGGGCGGUUCACGCGUUCGCAGAUCCUCAUUCAGAAUGGCAGUGAGAUUGACUGUGCUGACAAAUACGGCAAUACCCCCCUCCACGUUGCUGCUAGAUAUGGCCACGAGCUGCUAAUUAGUACUUUGAUGACGAAUGGUGCUGACACUGCAAGGCGUGGGAUCCACGACAUGUUCCCUCUGCACUUAGCUGUUCUCUUUGGAUUUUCAGACUGUUGUCGUAAGCUACUUUCCUCAGGUCAGUUGUACAGCAUCGUCUCCUCGCUGAGCAAUGAGCACGUGCUGUCUGCAGGCUUUGAUAUCAACACACCUGACAACCUUGGGAGGACUUGCCUCCACGCUGCUGCUUCCGGAGGGAACGUUGAAUGUCUUAAUUUGCUGUUGAGCAGCGGUGCUGACUUGAGGAGGAGAGAUAAAUUCGGAAGGACUCCACUGCACUACGCAGCUGCCAACGGCAGCUAUCAGUGUACAGUGACGCUGGUCACUGCAGGAGCCAGUAUUAAUGAGGCUGACUGUAAAGGCUGCACCCCCUUACACUAUGCUGCUGCUUCGGACACGUACAGGAGAGCAGAGACUCAUUCAGGAAACAGCCAUGACACUGAUGAGGAGCCACUGAAGGAGUCCAGGAUGAAGGAGGCAUUCUUUUGUUUAGAGUUCUUGCUGGAUAAUGGUGCUGACCCAUCCCUCCGGGACAAGCAGGGAUACACAGCUGUCCACUAUGCAGCUGCGUAUGGCAACAGGCAGAACCUUGAACUGCUCCUGGAAAUGUCUUUUAACUGCCUGGAGGAUGUGGAAAGCACCAUUCCAGUCAGCCCUUUGCACUUAGCUGCCUAUAAUGGUCACUGUGAAGCCCUGAAGACACUUGCAGAAACCCUCGUGAACCUGGACGUGCGGGACCACAAGGGGCGGACAGCCCUGUACCUCGCCACGGAGAGAGGCUCCACCGAGUGCGUGGAGGUGCUCACCAGCCACGGCGCCUCCGCCCUGGUGAAGGAGAGGAAGAGGAAGUGGACCCCUCUCCACGCUGCAGCUGCCAACGGGAACACUGAUUCCCUGCACCUCCUGAUAGACAGCGGGGAGCGGGCAGACAUCACCGAUGUCAUGGACAUCCACGGCCAAACCCCACUGAUGCUGGCGAUCAUGAACGGCCACGUCGACUGCGUCCACCUCCUCCUGGAGAAGGGAUCCACAGCUGACGCAGCCGACAAGAGAGGAAGGACCGCCCUGCAUCGGGGGGCUGUAACGGGCUGCGAGGACUGCCUGGCUGCUCUGCUGGACCACGAUGCCUUCGUUCUGUGUCGGGAUUUCAAAGGCCGGACCCCGAUCCACUUUGCAUCGGCGUGUGGGCACUUAGAAAUCCUGAGGACCUUGCUGCAGGCAGCCCUCUCUACUGACCCCCUGGACUCUGUGGUGGACUACAGCGGUUACUCACCAAUGCACUGGGCUUCGUACAGCGGGCAUGAAGAUUGUCUUGAAUUGUUACUUGAACACAAUCCGUUUGCAUACUUAGAAGGAAACCCCUUUACUCCAUUGCACUGUGCAGUAAUUAACAACCAGGACAGCACUGCUGAAAUGCUGGUGGAAGCAUUAGGUGCCAAGAUUGUUAAUAGCAGAGAUGCCAAAGGAAGGACACCCCUUCACGCUGCUGCCUUUGCAGACAACAUCCAUGGUUUACAGCUGCUUCUGCGCCACCAAGCCGAGGUGGACACGACUGACAAGCUGGGGAGGACUCCCCUCAUGAUGGCCUCUGAGAACGGGCACACCGCAGCCGUUGAGUUCCUGAUGUACCAAGCAAAAGCAAAUAUAACUGUGCUGGAUGUCAACAAGAACACAGCUCUUCACCUGGCCUGCAGCAAGGGUCAUGAAAAGUGUGCCUUGUUGAUCCUGGGGGAAACCCAAGACCUUGGCCUUAUCAAUGCAAGUAACAGUGCUCUGCAGAUGCCGCUCCACAUCGCUGCACGGAACGGGCUGGCCGCCGUUGUCCAGGCCCUGCUCAGCAGAGGUGCCACCGUGCUGGCUGUGGAUGAAGAAGGUCACACCCCAGCCUUGGCGUGCGCCCCCAACAAGGACGUUGCCGACUGCCUGGCACUUAUCCUCUCCACCAUGAAGCCUUUCCCACCUAAAGACGCCAUCAGCUCUUUCAGCUUCAACCUCCUCAAGAACUGCGGCAUCGCAGCCAAAACCGCGGCCUGCGGGGCGCUGCCCAACGGCAGCUCCUGCCCCUACGGCAAGGACCGGCACGGCGCCAUCGGCUUGGACGGCUGUUACUCGGAGUAGCUUAAACUAUGGGUGACCUAAUAUCUUAUUAUAUUUAUUUAGAAAUUCUAUAAAUAUAGGGCACUUUAAAGGAGAACAAGACUGGGCGGGCCUUCUAGCGCGGCCGCGCACACCAAGAGUUCAACGCUUCUUCUUGCUGAGCGGCGGCGCGCUGCUGCUGGAGCAGGGCUGCCCUGAGCCCCCUUGUGUGGCACCCAGCACCUCCUGGGCUGCGCGGCCACAGAACCCAAACGAGAAAAACUCAAUUAGAAACAAAACCAAGCGGCUGAUGGGGACCAUCUGACCCCGGGGCUGCUGGUGGGAAGAGAAUUUGGCUCCCGCUUUUGGGGCGGAUCGAAUCGGUUCCACUGGGACGGGGAAGCCUGAACUCUUGGUGUGCUUUGGGGCCGGGUGCCGUGCAGCCGCUGGGGCGGGCGCUCGCUCCUGGCCAGGUGCCGCUGUAACGCUCCUCCCUGAGUCGCUUUUCUCUCGUGCUCAUCCUCCGAUUCCAAUACAGACACUUGAAUCGAGAUCUACUGUACCUGGGACACUAAAACACCCUUUUGGCAGCUGUCAUUUUUAUGCAAAAGCGGGCGCUGCUGCCCGACGCCGCGGUCUGCGGGCGCUGCUGGAACCUCGCUCCCCACGCCAGGCACUUUAGGGAUUCUGUUGGUUUUCCGUUUCUGGUUUGUUUUUGGUUUUGUUUUUUCCUCUUGACAAGAUGUCGGAUCCUAAGAGAGUUUUUGUUCUCCGUGUCGCGUGGCUGCUGCCGUGCCAGAGUCAGUGUUGCUUUUUGUUAGAAAAAAGGUUAUUUAUAAAGAAACAAGCAUUUACCUUGAAAAAACCAACAAAAAUCCAAAAAAAGUCUGAAACCUUCAGCCUUUAAAUAAGGAAGAAAAUGCACUUCAGCGUCCUUAUUCACACCCCCGAUAGGUCUGUA